GAUAUCGCCGGUGCUUCACCAGGAGGAAAUGGCCGAGGGAGCUGUUACCAUCCUACCCAAACGACAGAACAUCAGAGGCUUUGAUCGCUACUUCACCAGCCGCACACUCGAGAACAACCGGAGGAAUAUCUGGUUUGCGGAGUUCUGGGAGAACAAUUUCAACUGCAAGCUCAGCCGCCAUGCCUUGAAGAAGGGAUCCGGCGUUAAGAAAUGCACAAAUCAAGAGAGGAUCGGAAAAGACUCGUCCUACGAGCAAGAAGGAAAGGUGAUGUUCGUGAUUGAUGCAGUGUACGCGAUGGCGCACGCCCUCCACAACAUGCACAAAGACCUCUGCCCUGGCAAGGUGGGACUCUGUUCCAGAAUGGACCCAGUUGAUGGAACCCUCCUGCUAAAGUACAUCCGCAAUGUCAAGAUAGCAG